GAGACGCAAAGGCAGAAGUGCCGUUAACGCUCGAUACGAGCGAACAGGCAGGAAAAGCGUUCCUUCUUUUUUAGACUCUAGAGAAUUUGAGUUAUGACUGGCAGGGACUCCGAUCUCAUCGUAGUUUGUAUAGCCAGUGAGAUACCGUUAGAUCCCUGCAGAUAGACUGCGGACAGGACGAAGUGAGAAAACUUCGAAAAGCUAUCGUGCCUGGCGCUUCCUCAGCACUUAUUUCUCUGCAGUUCUUGGUAGUUUCGACAUUGAGAAUAGUGAGAACUCGGUUGUUUUCACUUACUGACAGCACGGCGUGCGUUACUCUGAGAUACCAGACGCAGGACACUCCGAAAUGAGCCAUAAAAACAAGGUCGACGAUGAGGCUGUGGUGGACAGAGGCGCUUCCUAUGUCAAACACUGUGACAAGGAGGAGGUUGAGAGCCAUCACACAGUGUACAUCGGUGUCAAUGUGCCUAAGAGUUAUCGUCGCCGACGGAGACACAGAAGACGCUCAAGUCACAAAGAAAAAAAAGAACGAUCAAACGAAGGAGUAAGCGACAAAUCAGACACUGAGAAUGUGGAUGACUCUGCCUCCAGCAUCCUCAAACCUCUCAUCUCUCCGGCAGCCGAACGGAUCCGCUUUAUUCUGGGUGAGGAAGAAAGCGGCCCGGCCCCUCCACAGUUAUUUACUGAACUUGAUGAGCUUCUCACUACUGAUGGCAAUGAGGUUGAAUGGAAGGAGACAGCCAGAUGGAUCAAGUUUGAAGAGAAAGUGGAAGAAGGUGGAGAGAGGUGGAGUAAGCCUCAUGUGGCCACACUGUCUCUUCACUCACUGUUCGAGCUAAAGAAGUGUUUAGAAAAGGGCACUGUCAUGCUUGACAUGGAGGCUAACUCACUCCAGCAGAUUGUCGACAUGAUCACAGACACUCAGAUUGAGAUGGGGCUAUUGAAGGCCGAGUUGAAGGAGAAGGUUACAUACACGCUGCUGCGUAAACACCGCCACCAGACAAAGAAGUCCAACCUGCGCUCGUUGGCUGACAUUGGUCGAACUGUAUCGAGUGCAAGUAGGCUGUUUUCAAACCAAGAGAAUGUACGUAGUUCUAUUGACCACUCCGUUCCACGAUUUAGCAUCUCUGAAAUUGAAGGACAAAUACAGAGGCAGAGAAGCAACAGCACAGGUCUGCCCUGUAGUCCUAAUACAGCUCCCAACAACCUGACCUCCAGCAGCCUUAAUGACCUCUCUGACAAGCCUGAGAAGGACCAGUUGAAUAAUAAGUUUAUGAAGAAAAUCCCACGGGAUGCAGAGGCAUCUAACAUUCUGGUGGGUGAAGUGGACUUCCUAGAUUCUCCUUUCGUGGCCUUUGUGAGACUCCAGCAGGCUGUCAUGCUUGCAGGGAUCACUGAAGUCCCUGUGCCUACACGAUUUAUGUUUGUUCUUUUGGGACCCAAAGGAAAAGCCAGAUCAUACCAUGAGAUUGGACGAGCUAUUGCUACCUUAAUGUCAGAUGAGGUGUUUCAUGACAUUGCAUACAAGGCCAAAGACCGGGGUGACCUACUGGCUGGCAUUGAGGAAUUCCUUGACGAGGUCAUUGUGUUACCCCCUGGAGAGUGGGACCCUGACAUCCGGAUUGAGCCCCCCAAAACCCUACCAUCCUCAGACAAACGUAAGAACAACCUAGCAGGAGGAGUGGGGGUUGGUGAUGGAGCCAAGCUUAAUGGCGAUGCUCCUGUUGAAGGUGGGGCAGGAGGAGGUGGAGGAGGUCACCAUGUUGGAGACGAGCUUAAGUUCACUGGCAAGUUUUGCGGUGGUCUGGUUAUGGAUGUUAAGCGAAAGCUGCCAUUCUUUGCAAGCGAUUUUUACGAUGCCUUUAAUAUCCAGGCCUUGUCUGCCACUUUGUUUAUUUACCUGGGCACCGUAACCAAUGCCAUCACUUUUGGUGGCUUGCUUGGAGAUGCCACAGAGAACAUGCAGGGUGUGAUAGAGAGUUUUGUGGGAACAGCAUUAGCAGGUGCAGUGUUCUGCCUGUUAGGUGGUCAGCCCCUCACUAUCCUUAGCAGUACAGGACCAGUGCUUGUUUUUGAACGGCUGCUAUUCAACUUCAGCAAGGACCACGCAUUAGACUACCUGGAAUUCCGGCUGUGGAUUGGUCUGUGGUCAGGCUUCUUGUGUCUAGUUCUGGUGGCGACGGAUGCCAGCUUCCUUGUGCAGUAUUUCACACGCUUCACGGAGGAAGGCUUUGCAUCUCUCAUCAGCUUUAUCUUUAUUUAUGACGCAAUCAAGAAAAUGCUUAAGCUUGCACAACAUUACCCCAUCGACACUGGCUACAACUGGGAGAUGGUCACUCAGCAUGCCUGUCACUGCAUGCCUCCUGAGGGCAACAGUUCUGUGACUAUUGAAAAAUUUAAACCGCUAUUCAACUCCACUGAACAGCAGCACUGGAAUUCGACCUGGUCAUCGUUAACUCGUUCUGAGUGUUUGGAGUGGGGUGGAGUUCUGCAAGGAGAAUCCUGUGGCUUUGUUCCUGAUAUCACACUGAUGUCUUUUAUCCUGUUCAUGGGCACCUACACCUGUUCCAUGGGCUUAAAGAAGUUUAAAACCAGCAGAUUUUUUCCCACCUUGGUACGUAAGCUGAUCAGUGACUUUGCAAUCAUUUUGGCCAUUCUGACCUUCUGUGGAAUAGAUGCACUGGUUGGUGUGGACACACCAAAACUAGAAGUGCCAAGUGAAUUUAAGCCGACAAGUCCAAAUCGUGGCUGGUUUGUGCCCCCUUUUGGUGGAAACCCCUGGUGGGUGUACCUGGCUUCCUUCCUCCCCGCACUCCUUGUUACCAUCCUCAUCUUUAUGGACCAGCAGAUCACUGCCGUCAUCGUCAACAGAAAGGAGAACAAACUCAAAAAAGGCGCCGGCUACCAUCUGGACUUGUUCUGGGUGGCUGUGCUGAUGAUCGUGUGCUCCUUCAUGGGUCUGCCAUGGUAUGUGGCAGCCACCGUCAUCUCCAUUGCCCACAUUGACUCACUUAAGAUGGAGACAGAGACAUCAGCACCAGGAGAACAGCCCAAAUUCCUCGGAGUCAGGGAGCAGAGAGUAACUGGAGUAAGUGUCUUCAUCUUAACUGGCCUAUCAGUCUUCAUGGCGCCUGUGCUUAAGUUCAUUCCUAUGCCAGUGCUCUAUGGUGUCUUCCUAUAUAUGGGAGUAGCAUCUCUAAAUGGAGUUCAGUUCAUGGAUCGAUUGAAGCUGUUUCUGAUGCCAGGGAAACACCAGCCAGAUCUGAUAUACUUGCGCCACGUCCCCCUCCGCCGAGUUCACCUGUUCACCUUAAUCCAGAUCCUUUGCCUCGCCCUGCUUUGGAUCCUUAAGUCAACUGUUGCAGCCAUAAUCUUCCCGGUCAUGAUUUUGGCCCUGGUGGCUGUAAGAAAAGCAAUGGAUUACCUUUUCUCUCAGCACGAUCUUGGCUACCUGGAUGACAUUAUGCCAGAGAAAGAAAAGAAGAAGAAAGAGGAUGAAAAAAAGAAGAAAAAGAAGAAGGGCAGCAUUGACAGUGAUAUAAAUUAUUCAGACUAUCCACCCAAUGAAAAUAUUCCCAGUAUAAAGAUAUCGAUGGAGACAAUGGAUGAGGAGCAAAUGAGGGGAGAGAAACCCUCAGAGAGAAAUAAGCCAAUGUCAUUUCUCACUCCAUACUGAGUCACUUGGUUUAUUUUGUUCCAAGCCUGUGUCAAGUGACGACUUAAGCCCAUUUGAAGACAUCUGUACCUCUAAACAGAGCUGAUGUGGACCACAGAUUUUCCUGGAAAUCUCAGAUUGAUAAAACAAUUAUGUUCUUUACACUAGCUGCCAUACAAGUCCAGAUCAACUCUAUAUGUAUUUCAAAUGUACACUGAGGUAUGGCUUAUUUGUCUGAUUUAAUAAGUAUAAAAUAUAAGUAAGAAAAUAUAAAAAUGGAUGCACAGUAUACAUUUUAAUAAUGAUAGUAAAAAUUGUAAUAUCAAAAUAGGUAACUUUGAUCCUAAUGUAAUGAACAAUUUAAAGACCAUUACACACCCAUAACAUUUCUUUAAAAAGCAUCCAGCUUUAUUCUGAUUUCUUCUUAAUUAAAUAUUCAUUAGACAUUAAUAUAUUAUAUUUCAUAUCAACUAUUUUUCACAUUAGAUUUAAAUCGGUAUCAGUAACUGAAACCUGCACUAAAAAAAUGAUGUAAGCAGGAAAUAUUUUGUAAUCUAGAUAACAAUCCUUCUCUUAAUACAGGAUCACACAAAAGUUAGCACACCCCUCACAUUUCAGCAACCAUUUUAGUAAAUCCUCUCAAGACACAAUACUAUAUUAGAGACAUUAGAGUAGUCAUUGUGCAGCUUGAGAUACUGUGUGAGAUACUGUAUAUAAACAAUACUGUACAUUUAAAAAAUAAAUUCAUUUACAGACUAGGGUUUGAAAGAAGUUCCAGGAUUUUGCAGAGUAGUCUUCAUAUAAAGGCAAAUGUAAAGCAAAGUGUUUUGUAUUUAAUAUUAAACUUUAUUAAUUAUUAUUAAUUACUUUAUAAUUACUUAUUAUAAGUCUUAAAUUUUGCAGAAACCCUUUUGUCUUUUAGCCCAAAAAGGAAAUCCGAAUGAACAAACUAGAUCGAAUGUAUUAAUCAAAUAAAACCAUAGAAAAGAAUCAGUUGUGAAACUAAACUAUGUUUUGUUAUUUUAGCUAUUUUGCUGAACCAAUGUUCAGCAAAAUCACACAAAUUAUAUUUUUACUUACACAUUACUGAUUUCUUUACUUAUAUUUAGCGUUGAAUCAUAGCUCUACCUCUUAGACCGCUGUAGUGCCAGGCACAGUGUGUUUGAUCUAUGCAGAUAUGGCAUGAUUGGAAUCAAAUAUUGUUCCCAUUAUUUUGGGCACAACAGAGAUUAUCAUUUUAUUAUAAUAAUCUUCCAUAAACUAUGCAAAACACAAUCUGUGUUUUUCUUAGUCAGAUUUGUCUUGAAGUGAUUCAAAUGUGAUUUUAUUAAGUGUACUUUCAGUAUCACCUGUACAAAUAUAUUUUUAUUGUACUUAAUUUUUUUACAAAUAAAAGAUUGUGAUUUAUUUAGCAAAUAGUCUAUACAGUAAUCCCCCACUUUACUGCGGUUGGAAUCUCGCGAUCCCGGUUUAUCUCGGAAUUGCAUUUGCCACAUUUUCCCAGUCUCUCGCAGAUAGCAUGAUAGACCAAAAAACUUAUAGGGAAUUGUUUUCAUGUAGUUUUAUGUUGAAAUAAUCAAAUUUUUAAAUAAAAAUAUAAUGAUGAAUUUUAAAAUUAAGUCAUAAAAUAGCAUUUUUGGGGUGGCGUCGUUUAAUCGCGGGGGCGGUUUAAUGUAAUAACUGCCCGUGAUAAACGGGGGAUUACUAUGUGUUUUAUAUAUAUAUAUAUAUAUAUAUAUAUAUAUAUAUAUAUAUAUAUAUAUAUAUAUAUAUAAAACAAUGGAAAAUUAAUAGAAUUAGUUUUUAAAAAAAUCAAAUGUAUUUAUUUAUUCAUUAACUCUGAAUUGCUGGGGACACUUUAGAGACUGUUGUGUGUGAAAAUCCCAGAAGAUCAGCAGUUUCUAAACUUACUUACACCAGCCUCCACAACAUGGUCAGAGUCACUGAGAUCACAUUUUUCUCCAUUCUGAUGUUUGAUGUAAACUGGAGUAUCUGUGUAUGUGUGUAUCUGCUGCUUUUAUGCAUUGUGCUGCUGCCACAUGACUGGCCGAUCGAAUAAUUGUAUGAAUGAGCAGGUGUACAAGCAUUCCUUUUAGUGGCCAGUCCAUUAGGUAUAAAUCAGUAUCAGUAAUUAAAAUAUUUUUAUGUUUUGUAUAUAAAUGUUGAUCAGUGUCAGUAAUUCGUUUAAAAAGACAGUACAAGAAGAACACUAUUCUUUAAAAAAGCAACAUUGUUGCCUAUUGUGUCUGUGUUUGGGCAAUUUCGAUCAGGUUUGAGUCAGAAUCCAUGAGUCAGGUUUUGACAAAUUUGCAUUUAGUGGAGUCUAAAUGAGAAAAUCAAAUAUCUUAAUAAAUAAAAACGUAUUAAAUGUUGAUAUAUAUGGGAAACAGAGGCUAUGUUUUACAGCCUUUAAGUAGUUAGCACACUGUCAUGUACAGUAGGAGGGAAUAUACUGUAUAAAUAGAAAACCUUCCAGCACAUUUAUAUACAUUUCUGACCAUCGACAGACAUUGUGGACUUGAAUGUAAAGAUAUGGAGAAUGUGAGUAAAAUUUAUGGUUCUCUUCUGUUCCCUGCAUUUGUGGAUUUUUUAAAUGAUGCUACAAAAAAAAACUUUUUAACUAAUCAAACUAAUUGAGGUGUGUUAUGUUUUCCAAUGAAAAUCUUUUUGUAUUUCUUUUAUUUGCUCGUUUAUGUGUUUUUUUGUAUUCUGGCAUUAUUCUGGCUUUUUCAUGAGCUCAGUUGCCUAAAAGUGCUACCCUUAAAAAAAAGUGCACACCUUCGCACUGUAGAAUAGAUGAUAAUGACAAUGAUUGAGUUAUAAUGAGCGGAUGAUGUGUAUUAUGGAUAAUAAUAUUUGAGAUACAUUUUACAAUCAGAUACUGUGUGACUUACCCAAUGACCCCAAGUCAUUAUGGCUUUAAAAGGAAGCCUACACUUUGUAUGAUGUGCUUUACUGUAUUUUCAACAUGAAGUGGAAAAUAAAAGUCCCUUUGAACAGUG